AUGCGGGUAUUUACUGAGUCUGUUAGAUUUCCUGGAGUCAUUGUUACAUCCCACGGCAAUACAAUGGUAAUUUACCAUGGUUAUUUGCAGAGAGUGGAUUUGGCCGCCGGUCCAUUUACAAUAACUUCGGAGCGGGCACAAGUUGUCGAUUUUUCAACUCCUUUUCUGACUACACCUUUUGGUAUAGUUCUAAGGCAACCACACAAAGCUGAAGAAUCAAUCGGCCAUCGUCUGCUGAGGGUCUGGGAUCCUUUAAAGCCUAGUGUAUGGAUGAUGAUUUUCAUUUCGUUUGUUGUUACCAGCACACUUCUUUAUGUGGUGUCUUAUUUUAAUCCUUAUGAAUGGCGGAGGAUGUCACGUGAUGGCGAGGCCUCUCUACGAGAGGGAGAGUCUUUUACGUGUAUGAACAGUUUCUGGUUUGUGAUGAGUGCUUUAAUGUGGCAAG